GUGCAGGUGGUUGCGCCCAGUUGCUGCCCAUUCCUUUGAAACGCACCGCAUCAACCCGACACACCUACGCUUCCCGUGACAGAACGCCAUCUCGUCCAGAGUACAGACCCCGCCGGUCUCAACCUUCCCCUCCCAUCAUCCGACUUAUUGCGCCUGUCAACGGUUGCUCCCAAUUCGAUCAACUUCAUAUUUGGACUCCGGCCAGCGGAACAGCCCAACAAGCGUGUUUGGGCCGCGACCAAUUCAUCACAGUGACCGAGUACGUGAAAGACACACGCCAUGCCGGGACUCGGUGCAGGCCCGGCUGGCGACGACCACCAACAAGCCUCGGCAACUGGUGCCCCAGCCGUGUCACAACCCGGUAACGCUGCCGCGCCCGUCCAAGAACCGCCCGAGCUCGACGACUUCGGCUUGCCCAUCCCGAAGUACCACGGGAAGACGACGGCGACAGAUAAAAGUUCAGAGAAAAAGGAACCAAACAUGGCAUUAAGUAGCAGCCACAAAUCCGACAAGCCCGAUAUGGACUGCGAGAACAGAAACAGCGAUGCGCAGGCGCCGCAACUCUCUUCAGAUGCUCGACACGAACAUUGUAAACAACAAGGCGGAUCCUCGACAGCCCUACGGAAUCCGAGCAUCUCCACUUCGAAAGCUCCGGAGAUGCCGUCCGAACCUCCAUCAACAGAGGCCAAGUCAACAGUCGCGUCGGAGAAGAAGCCGGUAGCAGCGAACGAGCCACCCAAGUACCAAGAUUUGGCCAUAGCCGAAGUCAGGAAAGAUCAAGAGCUUCCUCCGGGCCAUAGGCGCGAGACUAGCAUGGGAGGCGCCAGGGCUCUUGGCGUAGCCGGCACGUCUGGCUUCUCCCAUCAACAGCUGACACUGAACCAGCCCUCGGAGGAGAAGAAGAAAGACGAGGACGACGAAUGGCAGGAAAUGCCGGCAUAUGCGCCGUAUGACAUCUACGAUGACGACAACAAGCUGAUCGCGCGAGAACACGACGAGUCAGAGGAAGAGAAGGUCCAGUACGAGGGACUAGGUGGCGCAGGCAAGGGAUACACUAGGGUCCUCCUCGACGACGACGCCGAGUCCCAGACCAGCAUGGACGAGAACACCCAGUACCUAUUCAAAGACCCAGGAGGAGGCACAGGCGUGGCAGAGGAAGACGACGCGCAGCGCGACGCCGUCAGCCAACUUCAAGCUACCAAGGAGUUGCUUACAGAGGGCCAAAGGAUCGCGUAUGUCGGCUUGACGAGGCUGGAGCUGUCGGUCAUGGUGAAGGAGGUUGACGAUCUUCAGCAAGGGAGGAGCAAGCCAAAGAAGGAAGUCACCUUCGCCGCGGAGAGCAUGAGGAUGUGGAGUCAGAAGAUGAUGAUGCGCUUGUACUCGCACAUGGACAUCAGCCCGGCCGAGCAGAUCAUGAUCGAGCAGCUUGCUGCGCACGGUGUUAUGCCUCAAGAUCUGACUCCGGUGCUAAUGGCAAACGCGAGGGUCAAGAACCCCAUGGCUGACGAAGCAAGCAAAAGAGAUUCGACGUCGUCUGCGUCGAAAUCUUCAGGUCCCAACUCGAUACCCCCGUCCCCAAACUCAGAGUCACCUGCCGAACCUCCGCCGCCGUACUCAAUCGACGAUAAGUCAGAACUGGACGAGGCGGUCAGGAUGCCCUCGCAGAUGCCGACCUCGCAAAAGAUCGAUAUCGAUCUGAGGUGGACGGUACUGUGCGACUUGUUCCUCGUCCUCGUUGCGGAUUCUAUCUACGACGCCAGGUCAAGAACCCUACUCGAGAGAGUCGCCAAGGAUCUGGAGAUUCCCUGGGGUGACAUCUGCCGGUUUGAGAAGAAAGUGACAGAUGCCCUGGAGAUGCAGCAGGCCGUUGAGAAGGAGAAUUGGAACGAGGAAGAGCACAAAGAGAACCGGCGCAAGAUGGCCCUCAAGAAACGCUACCUCAUGAUGGGCCUAGCAACUGUCGGCGGCGGCUUGGUUAUCGGCUUGUCUGCCGGCCUGCUUGCCCCGGUGAUUGGUGCUGGCCUGGCCGCGGGCUUCACGACGAUUGGUGUCGGCGGUACAACCGGCUUUUUUGCUGGCGCCGGAGGUGCUGCCAUUAUCACGUCCUCGGCCGCGGCAUCUGGUAGCAUCAUUGGUGUCCGUGCGGCCAACAGGCGAACGGGCGCCGUCAAGACAUUCGAGUAUAGACCGCUACACAACAAUAAGCGGGUAAAUCUAAUUGUAACAGUGUCUGGGUGGAUGACGGGCAAGGUGGAUGACGUCCGGUUGCCCUUCAGUACGGUGGAUCCGUUGAUGGGUGAUAUUUACUCGGUUCUGUGGGAACCGGAAAUGCUGACCAGUAUGGGAGAUACCAUUAAUAUCUUGGCUACAGAGGCCCUCACCCAAGGUCUCCAACAGCUCCUAGGCAGUACCAUCCUAAUAGGCUUAAUGUCUGCGAUUCAGCUGCCGGUCGUGCUUACCAAGCUCUCCUAUCUCAUCGACAACCCCUGGGCUGUCUCUCUCGACCGUGCCACUGCAGCUGGUCUCAUUCUCGCAGAUUCGCUUAUUGACCGCAACUUGGGAACCCGUCCCGUCACUCUUGUGGGAUAUUCCCUGGGUAGCCGCGUUAUCUACUCCUGCCUGCAGGAGCUCGCCAGGAAGGGCGCUUUUGGCUUGGUCCAAAACGUCUAUCUUUUUGGCAGCCCAAUUGUCGUACAGACGGAUGAAUACCUGCGUGCGCGUGCCGUGGUCUCUGGUCGCUUCGUCAACGGAUACAACCGCAACGACUGGAUCUUGGGGUAUCUUUUCCGUUUAACCAAUGGCGGUAUCAGGCGCAUUGGCGGUCUUGCCCCCAUCGAGGGGAUUGCCGGGAUAGAAAACUUUGACGUCACGGAGUUCGUGGUGGGUCACAUGGAUUACCGUACGGCGAUGCCACGGCUCCUUCGUGAAUGCGGUUGGAUGGUCGAGAACGACGAGUUUGUCGAAAUCGAGGAGCCAGAUCCGGAGAACCAUCAGGAAAGACAACGCGAACUCAUUAAUGAAAUUGAAGAGGCGAGGAAGGAGCUCGAAAGGGAGGGGAGGGAAAGAGCGGGGAGUAAGAGCGGCGGCGCAUUCAGCUUCUUCAAAAAGAAGAAGCCAAAGAGGCAAGAAUGGGAAGUUUACGAGGACUCGGCCAAAGCGGGAGGCAGCGCCUCCGGGAGCGGUGGAAAGACGGAGGACAAGGACGGUAAUAAUCACGGCGUACUCUUCGACGUCGACGCCAUCCGCGCCGAGCUGGCCAAGGAGGCCAAGGAACAACAAAAGAAGAAGGGGGGCUCCUCCCAAAACGGCGGCGCCGGCGUUAAUGAGGAUCUACUUCGGGUCAAGGAGAUCAAGAGCACCCUGCCGCCCAUGAAGCUUCCUCUCGGCCCGCCGGCGCCAGUAAUAAAGGGCUCGCGAGACCAUCUGAGGGAGACCAGGAGCGCCAGCCUCGGGGCGGUGCCGCCGUAUCGCGGGUUCUCGAGCGUCGAGUACAACAACAGGCACCAGUCCACCGUUUCGUUAUCAAACGAUCGCAAAGAGGAAAACGCCUGGAACUCGCCACCACCACCGUCAACGACAAGCUCGUCUCGUCAGUACGAUUACAGCGCUGGUCAUGGAAAGGGUGGGUUUGGAGGAGGCGGGUUCGGAGCGGAUGACUACGGCUACAGUGGCGGUGGUCGCCAGCACGACGAUGACAGCGAAAUUCAAAUGACUUUUGAUACGGCUUUUGAAGCAUCUCCUCCUCCUCGCUCCAAGCCAAGUGCUGCCAGCGGCAAGCAGUCUUCGUAUGGACAUACAAGUUCAUCAGCAGGCUACGGGACUUCAGCUUCGGCAUCAGCCUCAGCCCCGGCGAGACCGGAGAUCAAGUCAGCGCAGACGGUGCCGGUUCUCCCGGCAGCUAAUAAUCCGUGGGCAGACUUUGAUGACGACGACGAUUUUGGCAAGGAGAAGGAGAUUUCUAUGACGUUUGCUUAGUGGAUUGCAUCUAUAGUGGGAGUGAUGGUUCAUCCCGGCUGCAAGAGUGAGAGGGAGAAAGAAUAAGUACAAUACCCACUCACAGUAUUAUUAUUAGCCUUGCUUUUACAGAGGCAGGCGAAAGAGCAAGAAGAGGUUACAGGCACAGGAAAAGCAGUGGCCAGAGACAGGUCAGCAGCCUGGAAAGAGAGAAAAAAAUGGAAAAGUAAUGAUGGCGGAGGGAAUACUUUGGAAUUUAUAGGUGUCAGGGAAACGAGCUGUUUUGUUAGUAUAUAGUUAUGAACGGGCAGGUAUCGUGGGCGGGUGGACUGUUUGGAGCUUGGAACACAUUGGGUUGUGGUGCGGUGUUGUGGAUAGCAUAUGAAGCAUAAUGAUGUUCGUAUUUAUCUUUUUUUUUUGGUGUAACAAGGUAGAGAUGAAUCAACUUAACUGGUCAUGAAGAAAUGAACAAG